CACCAGCCUAGAAAGGCCCCCCUCUCUGCCUCACCCGGAAGCGGAGAAGAAGAGCGAGCGCUGCUCGGCGGAACCUGAGGUGGGGGUAUAAAAUCGAGUCGCGCCCUUCCCCCUCCCCCCGCUCCUCUUCUUCUAGCCCGGCGGUGCUGUCGCAGGAGGCGGUCGAGUCCACCUGAGACUGCAGGGGUGGAGAGAGAGAAAAGAGAGAGAGGCACGGCGUCUUUUUUCUUCCCCGCCUUUUAAUAAGCCGCGCGCGAGUCUUGAGCAGCAUCCAUGGCAGCGGACAAAGGCGGAGAUCAGGGAGCAGAAAAACAUGAAGCAGCAGGCACAUCAUCUGGGAUUACUGAUCAAGAGAAGGAGCUCUCAAACAGUGCUCUGCAAGCAUUCAUGGCUGGCAACUAUGAAGCUUGUCUACAACACCUUAGCUGCUUGCAAGAAAUUAACAAGGAUGAUUACAAAAUAGUUUUGAACAUGGCAGUAGCAGAGUUCUGUAAAAGUAAUCAGACGACAACUGACAACUUGAAACAAACACUUAAUCAGCUGAAAAACCAGGUUCAUUCAGCUGUUGAGGAAAUGGAUGGAUUAGAUGAUGUUGAAAACAGCAUGCUUUACUACAAUCAGGCUGUUAUUUUGUACCAUCUUCGGCAGUAUACUGAAGCAAUAAUAGUUGGAGAGAAGCUUUAUCAAUUCAUAGAACCUUUUGAGGAGAGAUUUGCCCAGGCAGUGUGCUUCCUGCUUGUAGACUUGUACCUGCUGACUUGCCAAGCUGAAAAAGCCUUGCAUCUGCUUGCUGUAUUGGAAAAAAUGAUUCUACAAGGCGGCAACAACAAAAAUGGGAAAAAUGAGGCAGGUAAUAACACUAGUAAGGAAGCUUCCAAUCACAAAGCUGAAAGUGGAACCCUGACAGAAGCUGCUAAGUCUAAAAUACAUCAGUAUAAGGUGCGAGCCUAUAUUCAGAUGAAGUCUCUGAAAGCAUGCAAGAGGGAGAUAAAGUCUGUUAUGAACACAGCUGGAAAUUCUGCUCCUUCUCUCUUUCUGAAAAGCAAUUUUGAGUAUUUAAGAGGCAAUUAUCGGAAAGCAGUAAAGCUGCUGAACAGCUCAAACAUCGCAGAACAUCCGGGAUUUAUGAAAACAGGUGAAUGCUUACGGUGCAUGUUCUGGAAUAACCUUGGGUGCAUCCAUUUUGCUAUGGGGAAACACAACUUAGGAAUUUUCUAUUUCAAAAAGGCCUUGCAGGAGAAUGACAAUGCCUGUGCACAGCUUGGAACAGGUGGCUCCGACACAGGUAAAAAGUUCUCAGGACGACCAAUGUGCACCUUGUUGACUAACAAACGUUAUGAGUUGCUGUAUAACUGCGGCAUUCAGCUCUUGCACAUUGGGAGACCGCUAGCUGCUUUUGAAUGCCUGAUAGAAGCCGUCCAAGUUUAUCAUUCGAACCCUCGUCUCUGGUUGAGGAUAGCCGAAUGCUGUAUAGCUGCCAAUAAAGGAAGUUCAGAACAAGAAACAAAAGGACUUCCAAGCAAAAAGGGCAUUGUACAGUCCAUUGUAGGUCAAGGAUAUCAUCGUAAAAUAGUAUUGGCAUCCCAGUCUGUACAGAACAUUGUUUAUAAUGAUGGCCAGUCUUCAGCUAUUCCUGUAGCUAGUAUGGAGUUUGCAGCAAUUUGUCUAAGAAAUGCCUUGCUGCUGCUUCCUGAAGACCAGCAGGAGCCGAAGCAGGAAAAUGGAUCUAAAAUUGGCAACCAGUUGGGAGGGAAUAAUGAGAACAGCGAGAACAAUGAUGCUUGCAGUAGCAAAAGCCAUGAAGGAGACAAAUUUGUUCCUGCUCCACCAUCUUCUCCACUGAAGAAGCAAGAACUAGAAAAUUUAAGGUGUUCAAUACUUGCUUGCAGUGCUUAUGUGGCUCUGGCCCUGGGGGACAACCUUAUGGCUUUGAAUCACGCAGACAAACUUCUCCAGCAGCCCAAACUGUCAGGAUCCCUUAAGUUCCUUGGCCAUUUGUAUGCUGCAGAGGCUCUCAUCUCUCUAGACAGAAUCUCUGAUGCCAUUACUCACUUGAACCCGGAGAAUGUCACUGAUGUGUCCCUGGGGAUUUCUUCAAACGAGCAGGAUCAAGGAUCUGAGAAAGGAGAAAACGAAGCAAUGGAAUCCUCUGGCAAGCAAACCCCACAAUGUUACCCCAGUUCUGUCACAUCUGCACGGACCAUGAUGCUGUUCAACCUUGGAAGCUCCUACUGCUUGAGAAGCGAGUAUGACAAAGCGCGGAAGUGUCUGCACCAGGCUGCCUCACUGAUUCAUCCAAAAGAGAUUCCACCGGAGGCCAUCUUGCUGGCUGUAUACCUUGAACUUCAGAAUGGAAACACACAGCUGGCACUGCAGAUCAUCAAAAGAAACCAGCUUCUUCCUACAGUGAAAAUGCUCUCUGAGAUGAGGAAGAAGCCUGUGUUUCAGCCGACACACCUGGUCCAGCCUAUUCAGAUGCCUGCAUUCACCUCUGCUCAGAGAAAGUGAAGAAGCUGUGGUGAAAAUUGGCCCUUUGAGGGACCACUUGGAAAUUUUGUAAUUAUAUAUAUAUAUAUAACAUUUGUGGUACCUGCGUAUGAUGUACUGAAGUGUGUUGGUUUGAAUUUUUAAUUAAAACAAAAAAAAUCCCAAUCAUACUGUAGAUUCAUUUUAUCCCUUUCUCCAGCAUUCGUUCUGUGAAGGAGCCUGGCUCGGCACCUGUGAUGCUGUACAAUUAAAAGAUACAGAGCAAACAUACAGAUCUCAAAAGAUUUGGCUGCAUUACUUUUUCAUCUGCUUGGGAGGUAUGAAAUACACCUUUUCAUGCUUUUGCUGCAUACCUAAGUAGGUUUACCUUCUAUAUAUGGUAUGAGCCCACGCAGAUCAAGGUGUUAGCUCUGCUCUGUUAGCAUUUCCAUUGUUGCAUUCAAGAGGAUUAAGUUAUGGUAUGACCAAACUGUACCUGCAGCUAGCUGAAUACCCCACCACAUUGGUAUCUUUGCUGGUAAACACUUUUCAUCAUAGGAUCCAUGAAAAGCAUUUUAACUGGAAGAAAAACAUCAGUCCUUCAAGAGUAGGCUGUUAGCAAGAGGUAGCAAGUAAUAGGCUAACCUGCCUUCCAGCGCUGAGUCCGUAUGAAUUUCAGGAGUUAGAGGGCUGUUGUGAAGCUAACGCUAUCCUUGUUGGUUUUUGGUAUACAUGCAUUUGAAAGAGGGGUGGGGAGAAAUGGAAGACAAACCACAAUUGAAGUGAAACUCACAUUUAUUUGAUUAAACAAAAAUAAAAUAAACUGCAUAGAAACAUUUUAAAGUCCAGAGAGAGAAUGACUUUGUUUUAAGGCUGCCAGUAGCUUGAUACAUUGUCCCCUUGCUACAUCCUUCAGCCUUCUCCAUGGACCACAAAGAUACAUUCAGAAGCCUCCAUUAAAAACACGCAAGUUCUAACUUUAAUUUUUUUAGCCCAUUUAAACAAAGCUUGUGCCUCACCUGUUCUGUACUCUGCAACUUCAGAACACCAGCUGACCAAAUCUUAAAAAGAUACAGGGCAUCAGCUGAAGGAAGGAAAUAAUUGUCUCGACCAAAUCAAGCUAUACACAACACCCAUAUUUGUAUUGUGGGACUUUAGCUAGGCUGCUUACCUGGAAGUGGAGGUAAGAGCAGCAGAGGUCUCCAGCAGAGAUUUAUUAAAAAGCAACUGGCUCUAGGACAGGUGUACUUCCCUGCUCUCAUUUUGGGGGGGGGGGGUGUCGAAUCACAUGCAUCCAAAGCCACCUACAGUAUGUAAUAGCACCGGUGGUUUUUGCACCCGAAACAGGAGACUUUGAAAUUCAAAGGUAAAGCCUCCUUCUCGAGCUGAGAGUGAAAUCUCUAUCCUACGGACCCUGGGGUGCCCUUUAAAGGGACCAUAGGACUGUUCUAAAAUUAAAUUUCUUGCUUGAGUAACUUUGAUUCACAAAGAUCAAGUUGUACUAUACAGCCAAUGGAGGAAUUUAGUCUGCAGAGGGUGUUCCCCCCCCAAAAAAAAACUGAAUUUUUUUUAACAUGUUCUCUUUGGUCUUAGACCACCCACUUUGUGUUUAGGCAUAGGAAAAAACCCCGACAUGCUUUUUAUUUUUAUCAAGGACCAUUGCCUUAACUGUUUAGAAAUGUACCACCAUCUAAAUAGAUGCACAACAGGUUAGGCACAAGAGAUAUCACAUACAGUAAGAAAAGUCACCCCCCCCCCCACAAGCUUGGGUGACUUUGAGCACAUUAACUAUUUUUUAAAAAAUGUCUUAAGGGGAAGAGACUAAAACCAAGAAGCUCUCCCUGGGAAAGAAUCUACAUAGACUUGAGAAAUAUUUUGUAAUGCUACAAAAGAAUUUUUCUAGUUUGGCAGCUUAAAGAACGCCAUCUAUUCUACUACAUACACUUAACAUUCAGUCACCAAAGCUCUCUUGACAAAAGAGCUACAAACAAAAUUAAAAGGCAACCUGAGUUUGUACAUUGAUACAAUCAUUGAAGAGGUCUAAGACCAUGCAGGUACAACAAAGCUUUCUUUUUUUAAAAAAAUUCUUCCUGAAGAACCAUUACUGGUUAAACAAUUAUGGGGAAGGGGGGGAGAGACCAAAUGCCAUCCCAAUCUUACCAAGGUCAACAUAGCAUGAUUUCUAGUAGUGGUCUGUACCCACUGGAGUCAUUAUCCAAUUCUCAUAUCCCACUUAUAAGAAAGACAGGGGAAGAGGCAAAGAUUUAGGAGAUACGAUCACAGCAAUACAUUGUGUGCUUCUAUUCUAGCUUUGCUGUUAUGUGUGGAAAACAAUGGAAGAGACAGUCCAGUCUAUACUGCCUUUGAUGUGAGCAUCUUAACUCUGCCAGAAUGUCCUGUUCCAAAAAUUAACAGAAUAACCCACAAUCUCAUUCCCGUCCGUCACAUACAAUCAUUUUGAAAUGUAGGAGAUUAUUACUUCCUUUCAUAUAAUUCUCAAUGGAUAAUGAGUGUUUUCAUGGCAGGCACAAGAUUGUUUUCUAACAAACUAACCAGUAGAUAUGAGCAAACAGGGUUCUUUCCUCUAGCAGAGAGACCUGUAAUCACAAGAACUACACAAGACCCAAUUUACUGACCAGUCCACUGUGUCUUAAUACAGAGAUGGGGAGGGGAUGUGACUUUAAAAGACUGGUUCAUGGCGAAGGGUUAUUGGUUUGUUUGCCUGAGAUUUCCAAAGUGUCUCUUACACGUACUCUUACAGUGUGGCCAUGGGGGGGGGGGUUGGGCCACCCUGGUUUAAUGCUAUUUGUGGUCAAUCCCUUUUCUCCUCGUGGUGGAAAACCAUUUUCUUCUGUGACAUUCUGGUGCUACAUUUGAGGUAGAUACUGUGCUUAUUUCAUCAAAGUGAGGUAGAACUUUAAAUUCUACUUUUUUUAGGCAUCUUAGUACCACAGCAAACUGGGUUCUUGCUGGUUUCCUGAGGACUCAAGGACCAAAAACAGUGUUUGUCUAACGCAAGUACCAGUGUUAACUUUUUACACAGUCCAAACUGUGUGCAUGUCUAAACAUCUUUUCUUUUUAAUACCCUAUUACCUUUUGGCACCUUUGGAUAUACUUACAUAAAAAAACAACAAACCACACACACACACAAAACACAACUCCACACAAAAAAUGCUUUGGCACUUCUUAAUUUAAAUCAGAACUAAACAUAGGAAUCUCCUGAUCUUCAAAAGAAAUCUUGAGAUAUGGCUAAAAUCAAGCAGAGACCUCUCCUCUUUAAUAAAUUAAUAUUUGCUUAACUAACUAAAACAGGCCACACCAAUCACUUGCAAUGCCAUAAGGAAAUGCCCCCCUUGAUCCCAGAUCUCAUUAGGUUUAGGGAGAACAUAUUUUUUUAUAUAUUUUAGGUCUCCAUGGCAACCUCCACUUACACUAUUACUUUCAUGGUUUCCCCAAAUAAGUUAUACUUAACGGUAUCAAAGUUAGCCACCUGAAUUACUGCUGCUCAGCACCAUGACUUCCUACUGGGCUUUCAGCAACAACAAAGAAAGACUAUUUAGCAGAAUAUUUGAUUCGUAAAGCUUAAUCAGGAGCAUAGCGAUGAUUUGAUGGGGAAUGCAUUUGGGACGGAGGAGGGGGGAGUUACAAUUUAUAACAGCUCAAAUUCAAGUGUUUAGUGCACAAAAUUUAGAAAGCAUUUAAAAAACAUAUUUUGCCUAAACCAGAUUUAUUAGCUCAGAAGACUUAUACAAAGCACAUGUUUGUAGCUUGCAGCUUACGCACUUUUUGGUAGUCCUGCUUUGUACUUGAGUCCUGAGUUGCUGUAUAAAGCCCAUGAACAUGCAAAUAAAUGGAGUUUAAAUCCUGUCACUUACAUACCCAAUAAAAACCCAAACCCCUAAGGGGCAUUUUAUGUUGGCAUUAAAUGUUUCCUGUAUUAUUACACUACUUAGCUUCAUAGUAUUAUAAACACUCCUAUGUCAGAAGUACAUUAAUACUUUAGGUGAGAUAACAUGUGCUUAGCACUACACCAACUGCAGUUACUGACAGGAGUCACUCAGGGUAGCCAAACAGCAGCAUUUAAAAAAUAAAACAUUUUGAUAUGCAAGCUGAACAUGGUUUUUCAGAUGCUCCCGCCCACCCCGUUUUCUUUGUGCCAAACUGUGGAUAUCUAGAUCCACCAGUAGAAGUAGUGUAUUCAUGGAAGAACGACAGGCACCAUUUCUUUCCUACAAGUAAAGAGAUUUCUGGCUUCUCCAAGCUUGUGCAGCAAAUACAUACAAAAGUCACGAAGCUCAAAACACUAUUCCGCUACCUAACAGUUUUACACAGCAAAAUGGGAUGGCACAGCACAGAGAACUUUUACUCAACAAAAAAGUAGCUUAUUUUAAGAGAAGCCCAUCCAAAAGCAAAUAGGGUAACAUCAAUAGAAGGAAGACAAACACUUGCCUUACAGACACACACACACGGGAUUCUGCCAACUCUAAAAUUAAAGCUUUUUAACCAGUUUAUCUUUGGUAGCUAGAUCAGGAAGGCUAACCUUACUUCUCAACUUGAGUCCCAAGUAAAAUGCUCUAAUUUGCAAUGCCUUAGAACAUCAUGUUAAGCAUGAAAUCUCCAGAGACACUGCAUGGAACCAACACACCUCCAAUUUAGACAACAAUUUCUGAUGUAAUGUGAUGAGCAGUUGAAUGGCAGGUCUUCUAUUAAGAGCACACAGAUUACCUUUUCCAGAAGAAAACAUGGCAUUUUGGUGUACAGAGAGGGGGCAGAAAACCUUCCAAGCAGGAUGCAAGAGAUUCUCGAAGAGGUGGCACAAAAUAUACUGCUGUGGUUACAAUGCCACUGACAGAUGCCUCUAUCUCCACUAAACUAUGCUUUGCAACUAAACAGCUACUUAGUGUGUGGACAUCCUCAAACGUCACAUCACCAGGCCCACUACAAACUAGCGAGGGGAGGAAAUGAGAACCAAAGUGAAUUUCACUGCGACUGCAGAGAACUGUUUCCCACUUUAAACUAUAUCAGCUCUUUAAAAAAACAAUCCAGUAUCCUAACAGGCUUUGAUGCACUCUCUUCAUAGAUGCUGGCAUUGGCUAAAAGGAAAGGCAAUGUUUCGAACUAACCUGAUUAAACCUAUUAGAAACAUUAGCAUUCAGACGCUCACCAAUUCUACAUUAUUCCUGGACCAUCCAAAUUUGCUGGGGAAAGGUUUUCUGCAUUCUGUGGGCUGCGGUUCAAUGAAAAGACAAAACUCAAGCUUCCUGUUUCUAAAAGUUAGUUUCUAAGAAAAUACGCAAAGUGCAACUCACAACAGCUUUGUUAGUAUUGAAAUCCCUAGAAAAGUUUAAUUCUCCCCCCCCCCCAAAUAAUAGGCAUAUGGUAGAGCAUUC